AUGGCAGGGCCAGAGGAAGGAGAAGGAGGGAGGAAGAUUGGUGGCGGCGAUGGUGGCAGAGAGGGCGAGAAAAAAGAGAGUAAGGUCGAUCAAGAAGGAGAAGACGAAGGGGCGGUGCCUCUGGUGGCUCUGAACCAUGUGUCAAGGCUCAGCAGGUCCAUUGAAUCCUCGGUUCGGUUCUACGAAGCAAUUCUUGGCUUUGUUUGCACCAACAGGCCUCAGAUCUUCGACGCUGGUGGUGCUUGGUUGUUCAACUAUGGCGUGGGUAUUCACCUAUUGCAGUCUAAUGACGAAGAUGUUCUGCCUGAUCCGGACCGACUUGACCCUGUGGACAACCACAUCUCGUUUCAGUGUGAAAACAUGGAUGCGAUGGAGAAGAAACUGAAGGACAUGAACGUAAACUAUAUAAGGAAAGCAGUCGGUGACAAAGAAAGUGGGACAAAGAUCGAUCAGCUGUUCUUUAACGAUCCUGACGGAUACAUGAUCGAGAUCUGCAACUGUGAGAACCUUGAGCUCGUGCCACAAGGGUCGCUCGGUCGCAUCAGGCUGCCUACUGACAGGCAUACUCCACCUCUUUCAACCGAACCAACAUCAAAAUCAUGAAAGCACAAGUCUCUCUCUUAUGGUUCGACGUCUUUCUGUUUUAUGGCUGUACUU